UAAAGCUUAACAACUUUCCGUUAAAUAAAACAGGAAACGAAAUGGCUGCUUCUCAUCAGAUGUACAAGCUAGUCACUAUUUUGAUUCUUUUCCUCUCCUUCACAUUGACAUCUCUGGCGGAAAACGCCGAGCUCGCAAGCGUUAGUCAAUGCAGAUCCGGACCACAAGCAUCGUUUUGCCACAACAGCAAAGAAUCGAAAAAGCUCAAAAUCAUAGCUAUUGCCUCGAUCUUUGUUGCGAGUGUGAUUGGUGUUUCUUUACCGUUGGUAACACGCAAAGUUAAGGCGUUAGGACCAGACCGAGACUUUUUCGUGGUCGUUAAGGCAUUGGCCUCGGGAGUUAUCUUAGCGACGGGUUAUAUGCACGUGUUACCUGACUCUUUUGCAGAUCUCAAUUCCUUUUGCUUGCCUAGAAAUCCAUGGAGGAAGUUUCCGUUCACGACGUUUAUCGCUAUGAUCUCGGCUUUACUCACAUUGAUGGUUGACUCUUAUGCCAUGAGUUGGCAGAAGAAGAAGAGAAUGUUGAAACCGCAGGAACAUGUCGUUGCCGAAACCCUAGAGAAUGGAUCGAAGGAAUUGGAGGAAGAAGACGGGAUUAGAGUCGCCGACGACGCAAAACCACAGCUUAUUAGAUAUCAAGUCGUUGCUCAGGUAUUGGAGCUAGGGAUUGUUGUGCACUCGGUGGUAAUCGGCCUUGCAUUAGGGGCUUCGGAUAACAAAUGUACAAUAAAAUCUCUCAUAGCCGCUCUUUGUUUUCAUCAGCUUUUCGAAGGCAUGGGACUUGGCGGUUGCAUUCUUCAGGCGCAAUAUGGAGGGAAAAUGAGUUCGACAAUGGUGUUUUUUUUCUCGGUCACGACACCAUUAGGGAUCGCUUUAGGAAUGUUGUUACAAACGGUGUACAGCCCCACGAGUCCAACGGCAUUGAUCGUUGUAGGGGUCUUAAACGCUUGUUCGGCCGGUUUAUUGAACUACAUGGCACUUGUUGAUCUAUUAGGUGCAGAUUUUUUGGGACCGAAGUUACAAGGGAACAUGAAACUUCAGUCAUUCGCUUAUGUUGCUGUUUUCUUAGGUGCUGGAGGAAUGUCUGUAAUGGCCAAAUGGGCUUAGUAAACGACUGAAAAUCGGCUUAUAUAUAAGCUCAUGUCUAUAAAUUAAGAUUUCAUUGGUAGGUAAGCACACUGGCACAGGCCAGUUCAUCUUUUGUUUCAGUGAUCCAAUAUACGGCCUCAUCAUGUUUUAAUUCGAAUUUUUCUUUUCUAUCAAAGUAUGGGUACUAGCUAAUAUAUCUUAUUUGUAGGGCGAAAAUCUAAUAGCAAAAGAACUGG